AAAUAUCCAGCAGACAAAAAAUCUGCUGGGGGCGAGUUCUUUUUUUUCUAAUCCAUCGCUCGCGAAAAAAAAGUUGACGAAACUCUCAAACGGAGGCGCUUAACGUCGCCGUCGGCGAGGCUAAUUUCAUUUACUGGAGAGGUGCGACAAUUCUCCUCCGCUUUUGAUUCGGGUUCCUUUACCGUCGUCUCUCAUCCAAGGAUGAACGAAGUUAGUGAUCAAAAGGAAAAGCCUUAUGGAGAUGAAAAGCUUGUCUACGAAGGAUCUGCUGCUCGAACAAGGCCUACAAGCGUUGAGGAGAUUAUGCUAAGGAGGAAGAGGAAAGCGUCCUUGGAAAAUGUAGGAGCAGCUCAGUUACUGGGUAACGAUCUUGGUGUCAAGGUUUCUGACGAUCAUGAGUCUGGAAAAGGGUAUGAUAAAUCUAAGGAAGUGAGUCGUGAAGAAGAGGUUAAGAACAGUUCAAGAAAGAAAGAAGAUGACAUUUCUGAUUCCACAGAGGAAACACAAGAUAAAUCAGGGAAAGAAGAACAGGUGGGAGCAGUUCAGUUAGUCGGUUACAAUCUUGUUGAGAAGGUUUCCGACUGUCAUGAGUCUGAAAAAGGGAAUGAUAGGUCCGAGAAACUGAGGCAUGUAGAGCUUGUUAAGGAUGUUUCAAGAAAUAAAGAAGAGACCAUUUCUAGUUCUAGAGAUGGAAAACUAGAUAAAGAGGGCACUGUUGAAGCAGCUAAGCUACUGGGCAACGAUCUUGUUGAGAAGGUUUCUGAAGAUCUUGCUUCUGAAAAAGGGAAUGAUAGGUCCAAGAAUGUAAGGCAUGAAGAGCGUGACGAAGACAGCUCAAGAAAGAAAGAAGAUACCACUUCUAGUUUCAGGGAUGAAGGACUAGAUAAACCGAGGAAAAAGGACCAUGUUGAAGCAGCUAAGUUACUGGGUAAUGAUCUUGUUGAGAAGGUCUCGGAGUAUCAUGCGUCUGAAAGAGAGCUUGAAAGAUCCAAGAAAGUGAGUCGUGAAAGUGUUAAGGACAGCUCAAGAAAGAAAGAAGACACUACUUCUAGUUCUAGGGAAGAAAGACUAGAUAAACCAGUGAAAAAGGACCCUGUUGAUAAGGUUCCUGACUACCGUGCGUCCGAAAGAGAGCAUGACAGAUCCAAGAAAUUAAGACCUGAAGAACGCGUUAAGGACAGUUCAAAAAAGAAAGAAGAUACCAUUUCUAGUUCUAGAGAAGAAAAAUCGAUGAAAGAGGAUCCUGUAGGAGCAGCUCAGCUACUGAGUAACGAUCUUGGUGAGAAGGUUUCUGACUAUCAUGAGUCUAAAAGAGGGUAUCAUAGAUCUGAUAAACUGAGGCGUCAAGAACAUGAUAAAGACAGGUCAAGAAAGAAGGUGGAAGCCAUUUCUAGUUCUAGAGAAGAAAAACUAGAUAAACCAACAAAAGAUGAGGAGCCUGCUGGCAAUAGAAAACGGAAGGCAGAAGGAAAGGGUUCUACAGCUAAAGAAAAAAUAGUGGAAGAAGAUAUUAAGGAUAGACGAAUAAAGAAAGAAGAAACUAGUUCUGGUUUUAGGGAGGAAAGAGCAGAUAAAAAGAUAAAGAAGGAAGACCUUGCUGCAAACAGAAAAAUAAGGGUUGAAGGAGAAUUUCCUACAACUGAAAUGAAAACAAGGACAGAUAGAGAUGGGCGUGGUGUGGAUACCAAAAUGAAGGUAAACAGAGAAAGGCCUGCUGAAAAGACAACUGAAAAGCAGAUUCAUCCACAGGAAACAGGCGGAGAACAAGGAAGAAAUGCUCUCGAAAAAUUAGCUGGUAGUAGGAAGCGUCUUAGAAGUCUAGUGGUGGCAGACAUACCACGAAAUGAAAAUAGUAUGAAACCUGACUGUGGAAACAAGAGAGAGAAUCAAAAUGGAGAUCAUAUGAAGAAUAGGGAGAGAAAUGUGUCCAGGAGGCAUGAUCCAGCAAAACUGCACAGUGUUGAAGCUUCAGAGAGAUCGGAAAAAAGGGAACAGCCCAAAUCGGAUCAACGUGACAUGAGAGAGAGAAGGAGAUCAAGAAGUCGAGAUCAUGGGCAGGAUAGGCAUGAUCCAGCAAACCUGCACAGUGUUGAAGCUUCAGAGAGAUCGGAAAAAAGGGAACAACCCAAAUCGGAUCAACGUGACAUGAGACAGAGAAGGAGAUCAAGAAGUCGAGAUCAUGGGCAUGAUAGGGAGAAAAGGUCAUCUCCCUUACCAAUAUCGCGUCAUAAAAGAAGCCGUGAGGAUCGCUCUGAAAAUACUGCUAAGGAUAGGUCAGGAAAGCAUCAUUUUAACGAUAAUGAUAAAAAGGUGACAAGCACCGUAAAUAACAAGUCUAGACGGUAUAGUUCUUCCAAAAGUGAACUUGGUGGAUACUCACCGCGAAAAAGAAGGGAGGACGCCUCUGCCAAGGCUGCUUCUCCAUCUAAUCUUCCUUCAGAGAAAAAAGUUGCUAAAUGGGAUCUUCCACCUACUGUAACUGCUGGCAUGUUCUCGAACUCAGGGUUUUCUGGUCUCCAACCAGCCACUCAGACAGCAUAUCCUACCAUUAGCGAGGCUUCCUUGAUGCUUUUGAACCCACAUAUAGAGGCAUCUUUUAGGACACCACCAGCAAAGCAGACCAGUUCAGUUGAUUCUGUUCAACUGACCGAAUCCACCAGGCGUAUGAGGAGACUUUACGCAGAAAAUGUGCCAGAUUCGGCCUCUGAGAAGUCUCUAAUUGAAUGCCUCAAUGGCUAUAUGCUAUCUUCAGGCUCCAAUCACAUAAAAGGAAGCGAACCAUGUAUAAGUUGUAUUAUAAACAAGGAAAAAAAUCAGGCGCUAGUUGAGUUCCUUACACCACAGGAUGCUUCUGCUGCACUCUCCUUGGAUGGCUGCUCCUUUGCGGGUUCAAACCUCAAAAUUCGACGCCCUAAAGACUAUGUCGAGACAACAAGCGGUGAAUUGGAGAAAAAGGAGCCAGCCACAAGUGCGCUAAGUGACAAUGUGGAUGACUCAUCGAACAAGAUCUUUAUUGGUGGGUUUCCAAAAGCAAUUUCAUCUGAAAUGCUUAAGGAGAUUGUCAGCGUCUUUGGACCUUUAAAAGCAUACCGGUUCGUGAUCAACAAUGAUCUCAAUCAGCGAUGCGCUUUCCUAGAGUACACUGAUGGAUCUGUUACCCCCAAAGCUUGUGCCGGCCUUAAUGGUAUGAAGUUAGGUGGAAGUGUAAUAACUGCCGUUUGUGCACUUCCUGAUGCAUCAUCUGUAGCGGCAACUGAGAAUCCACCAUCCUAUGGGAUACCUGAGCAUGCAAAACCACUUCUUGGAAAGCCUAAGCAUAUCCUAAAGCUUAAAAACUUGGUUGAUCCAGAAGAUCUACCUUUGCUUUCCGAGCCGGAAGUGAAAGAAAUUCUGGAGGACGUACGGCUAGAAUGUGCCAGGUUUGGUGUUAUUAAGUCGAUAAACAUUGUGGAACAUGAGCGCAAAGAUAUUAGUGGUUCCUACACAGAUGCAUCGAUGAACCAAGAAUCUAAAGAAGUGAAUGUGUCAGUCAUACCGGAGAAAGAGGAGGUAUCCAAGAAAGUGGAUGACACAGCAGACAAUGUAGAUAAUGGAGACGUUGUCAGAUCAGACAGUUCGACGGGUGACAACAAGUUAUGUGAACCGUUAUCUGUUACUGCGCUUGAGACGAUCACUCAAGCAAAUGAAGAUCACGACUCCACUGAACAAGGAAAUUGUGAAAAGCUUUUCGGGGUAAGUGAGGCAGUGACUCCGCAAGUAGGAUCAACUCGUGCUCAAGACGACGCAGAUAUUCCACAAGAAGAAGUAGGAUCAGCCCGUACUCAAGAGGAGCCAGAGAUUCCGCAAGAAGAAGUAGGAUCAGCCCUUGCACAGGAUGAGCCAGAGAAUCCGCAAGAAGUAGGAUCAGCCCGUGCUGUCAAGACAAGAUGGGAUAGUGGCGACAAGAUGGAGGAAGAACAAGACCCCAAGGAUGUGUUUGAGCCAGGCUGUAUCUUCAUAGAGUACGGAAGACCAGAAGCCACACGCGCUGCAGCUCAUUCGUUACACGGACGGCUCUACGAGAACAAGGUUGUCAAAGCGGAAUACGUUUCUAAAGAAGUUUACAAAAUCAGGUUCCCAAGUGGGUAAAGAAAGAGUCCUGUUUCACUUCUCCCAACAAAAGAAGUGACUAGGGGUUAUUGGAUUGGGAAGUUUAAUGGAACUGAAUGUAAUUUAAAUCUAAAGUUCCAGUGUCAUUGGAUUAAGAUUUGAUUAAAAUACAUCAAGAUCAACUGUUA